GGUGGCGGCGCCUGGCUGACGGCGGCCGAGAGCAGGAGCGGGGCCGGGACGACGAUCGAGGCGCAGGCCGGCUGCCGGGCGGCGGCGGCGGCGGGGCCGGGCGAGGGGUAUUCAAAACAAAGUCGCAAUCACUUUCAAGGAGGAUUAAUGAUUAAAACCUUUCUUUUCGAAGAACAUUUUCCAAGUUAAAAAUGAAAGAAACUGGAAUCAUGGGGAUGUUCACAGACAGAAUAAAGGAUACCGUGUUUCACAGUAACUUGUGAUGGCGCCUUAAUAAAAUUCGCCACUUCUGCACCCAGCUGGGAACAUGGAUGUUGGUUUUUCCCGUUCUGCAGUUCAGACACUGUCAAGAAGCCACUGCAAAAACAUCAAACAAAAAAUUUCUCAGUGGGAAGGAAGAACUAAUGGUAUAGCUACUCCAGACAAGUGGCAUCCCAAGGAUUUUGGGGUGAGAUACAAUCACUGUCACCCAGAGCUUCUUAAGAAAAAUUCAGUUGCUGAAGGAAGGAGCAAGACAUUAGCUCUAACUAACUGUCAUAAUGAAGCUGCCAGAAGCAGUGAGCAGAGUGAGGACGAGAGUGAGAAACACCAGUGCGAGGACCAGCUGGUCUCCAGAAACAGAUCCAACCCCGUGUGGGCGCGUGCCCGGGUCGGACAGAUCCAGACCCGGGAUGACGUCGUUCUGGACCCAGAAACCACCUUCCCUCCAGGGAACUUCUACACCUCACAAAUAUUGUGGAAGAAAAUUGAAGCUCUUACCCCAGAUAGAUUAGGCUUCAAUUUGGCUUUAGAACGUUGUGAUUCUUUAGAAAAAGGACUGGAUUUCAGAGUUGUGAAUAGUUCACAUGGAGUAACCAAGAGCUUGGAAAACAUUUACUCUGAACCAGAGGGGCAAGAAUGUGGGCCUUCUAUAAAUCCUCUGCCCAAGCCUCGGAGGACAUUUAGAUAUUUGUCUGAGUCUGGUGUUGCGCCUCAUCCAGAGAGGAACUGUGACAGAAAAUACUGUGAAAAUCAUUCAUGUGCAGAGGCCCCUUUAGCCUCUUCUCAGGAACCUGAACCAAAGAAAUAUGCUGGGAAAAUCAGGGGGAGAUCCAAAAGGAAAUCCUUUGAAUUUGAAGAUAUUCAGCACUUUCGAAGCCGGAAUGCACAGAAGAUUCACCAAGAGCUCGGGAGAAAUUCUGGCUCGGCACUUUAUUAUACCCAAUCUGAGGACAAUAUCUAUGAGGAUAUCAUUUAUCCCUCCAAAGAAAAUCCAUAUGAAGAUAUUCCACUGCAGCCUCUGCCGGUGUGGAGAUCCCCUUCAGCAUGGAAGUUUCCACCACCUAAAACUACUUUCAAAACACCUCUUAAGCUUCCUUCCAAACCUCAAUUUCUUUACCGGAAGACUAUGGAACUGAAGAACACACAAGCGUAUUUGCGGUCCAAGUUCACAAAGGAUGCCACUCUGCCUGUCACUUUGACUGAAUGGAAGCAUUUCCAUGCUGGAGAAGUUACAAACAGGAAAAGGAAAAAUCUUCCAAGGUUUGUAUUGAAAAUAGAAGACAUAUUUGAGUCUAAAAGAGGAAAGAAAAGGGUAAAGUUACACCCUUACACUGGAAAAGAAGUACCACCUUCAAAAGGUGAAACCAGUGGGAACGAAAGUGAUGCUGAGUAUCUGCCAAAGAAUCGCCACAAGCGCUUGGCACAGCUGCAGCAGCCUUCCAAGAGGAACCCUCACUAUCAGACCCUAGAGCGGGACCUUAUUGAGUUGCAGGAGCAACAACUGUUUGAGCUGUUUGUGGUGGUGUCUCUGCAGAAGAAGCCACCAGACACCAGCUACAACCCCCAGGUCAUACAGCAGUUCCCAAGCAAGGGAGAUCAUGGCUUUAAGCAAUCCAAAGACACUGAAGAGAGACUCAAGGUUAUUCCCAAGUUUUGUUUUCCUGAUUCAAAUGACUGGGUGCCAACUUCAGAACUCAAGAGUGAAACGUUCUCCUUUGUUUUAACUGGUGAAGACGGAAGCCGGUGGUUUGGUUACUGUAAGAAGCUCUUGCCAGAAGGCAGAGGAAAGCGACUCCCAGAGGUGUAUUGCAUGGUUAGUCGCCUCGGCUGCUUCAACCUGUUUUCCAAGAUUCUAGAUGAAGUAGAGAAGAGACGAGAAAUGUCUCCAGCCCUGGUGUACCCAUUCAUGCAAAGCGUAAUGGACGCCCCUUUCCCAGCCCCUGGACGUACCAUCACGGUUAAGAGCUACCUCCCUGGGGCCGGCGAUGGCUCCAUUGAGCUCUGCCGCCCGCUGGACUCUCGCCUGGAGCAUGUGGACUUUGAAUGUCUGUUUAAGUGCCUGAGUGUGUGCCAUCUCAUCCGAGUCUGUGCCUCUCUCCUUUUGGAGCGGAGGGUGAUCUUUGUCGCCAACAGUUUAAGCACCCUGUCCAAGUGUGGACAUGCCGUCGUGGCCACCCUGUACCCAUUCACAUGGCAGCACACCUACAUCCCUGUCCUGCCAGCAUCCAUGAUCGACAUCGUCUGCUCCCCUACCCCGUUCCUGAUUGGGAUCCUGUCCUGCUCCUUACCGCAGCUCCAGGACCUGCCCAUUGAAGAGGUGCUGAUAGUUGAUCUUUGUGCAGACAAGUUUUUACAGGAGGUAUCUGAUGAGGAUGAAAUUCUGCCACCCAAACUCCAAGCUGCCCUCACACAGAUUUUGGAAGAACGAAAUGAAAUCUUAGCCCAGGAGCCGAAUUUUUCACAAGAUGCAACUCUCAACUCUCUGGUGUCUGAAGCAUUUGUCCGUUUUUUUGUGGAAUUGGUGGGACAUUACUCUUUAAAUAUGAUUGUCACCGAGCGUGGAGAGCGUAUAUUCCAGAGGGAACCAUUCCGGAAAUCCCACACCUCCCGAAGUGUGCGCCACUUCCUUGAUCUCUUCAUGGAAACGCAGAUGUUUGCAGGGUUCAUCCAGGACCGAGAACUUCGGAAAAGUGGGGUGAAAGGUUUGUUUGAGGUCCGGGCACUCCAGUAUUUGGAAACAAUUCCUGAGUCUGAGCCCAGUGGGGUAAAUAGAAUUUUGCGGAGUCUUGGAAGUAAAAUGAAAUUUCUGCAGAAGAAAUGAAUGCCCCAAUUGACUGUGUCCAUCCUAAAACACAAAGUGCCAAAGAAAGUCUUUUGGGAAGAGUAAGAAUGUCUCCAAAGUGCUAUACAAAAUCCUGGAGUUAAAAUGACCACAGUGCGGGCCAGGUUCUCCCAGGAGUCAUCCCUGGGCAGCUGCUGGGAAUGGUCUGGGACAAAUGUUCUCUCCUGGGCCUCAAGUUCUUUCCCCACUCUUGUUUGACUGUGACGGCCAGGGGUUGUGCACAUGUGGUUGAGUGCUGAGACACAGGCUCCUGAGGCUAAUCUUCUCUUAGCAGCAGCACUCGGCACAUUUUGGCUGCAGUGCUCAUGGGGACUGCACAUUUAGUCAUGCUCACAUUUGUUUUGUAGAUCAUCAGGGGUCACACACACACUUUGAUAUAGGCUGCUGGGAAUCCACACACCAUGUUGCAGAGACUGGGGUUUCGAGUGCUGGAGGCAUCAGGAUUAUAUUUGGCACCCGUGGGAUGGUGCCAGAAAGCAAGCUUUGGCCUCGCACCUGUCAGCAGAUUCUUUUUUUUUUUUUUUUUUUUUUGCUUUCUGGGUCACACCCAGCGAUGCUCAGGGGUUACUCCUGGCUUUACACUCAGGAAUUGCUCCUGGCAGUGCUUGGGGGACCAUAUGGGAUGCCGGGGAUCGAACCCGGGUCGGCUGCGUGCAAGGCAAACGCCCUCCCCGCUGUGCUAUCGCUCCAGCCCCUGUCAGCAGAUUCUUUGUCUCUUCGUUAUCUCUCCAGGUUUUCUCUGGUAACAUUUUCCAUUUGAUUCCUGGACUGGAUCUUUGUGUUUUGUGUUUAGUCAGUGAAGGCACUUGUCUUUUACAAGAGGAAGAUGAUGUUGCAUUUAAGAAAUAGCUGUAACAGGAACACAGCAAGUUAGGUACUAGGGAGGUAGAAGUAGAGAACCAUGUACAUGUUACUUUCUUCACUGAAAUACCUGGAGUCAUAGUACAAUGGUCAGGGUGUUUGCCUUGCACAUGCUGACCUGGGUUCGACCCCCAACAUCCCAUGUAGUCCCCUGAGCAUCUCCAGGAGUGAUUCCUGAGUUCAGAGCCAGUAGUAAGCCUUUAGCACCACUGGGUAUGCUCCCCCCGAAAAAAGCCCAAAAGAGAAAAAAAUGGGCUGUUGGAGCUAAGGAAUAUGUUCAGAUACAUCCUCUUUCGAUGUAUUUUUGGGAAUCUCACUAAUAUGGGAAUACUGUUACUGCCUAUCUCUUAAAAGACAUCUUGCAACUCCUCCUCCAUGUUAUGUGCCACUGGAUAGCUUGUCCUUGAUGUUUCCAUGUAAAGUUUUGUGGAAUUAACUGGAAAAUGUCCUUUCAGGGAAAUGAGAAGUGUGUGUGUGUGUGUGUGUGUGUGUGUGUGUGUGUGUGUGUGUGUGUGUCCCCGCCAUGUACCUUGCACUGUUAACACCUGUCAUCUUAUCAUGCCAUUUGAACUUUUUUUUGGAGGUCGGUGACCCUGCAAGUCUCUUCUGGGGGAUCAUGUGGUACUGGGAAUUGAACCCAGGACCUCACAUGUGCACCAUAUGAAAUACUUACAUCUCCAUUUUAGUAAAGAAGAAACUAGAAUUCAAGGAAGAUUAAUAAUUCACCCUAAGUUAUCCAGCAGAGCCAAAGUUGAAGCUAGAACUAUCAUAUCAACAAAUAAAGUUGGUUAGACCUGCAGAUGGAAUUUGAGCUCUGAGGUUACAAGCUGCUGAAUAAGCUUUUUUUUUUUUUUUUUUUUGAGGAGGACAUGCUGAGGGCUUACUUCAGACACUGGAGCUCAGGAAUCAUUCCCUGUGUAUUUUGGGAAACCAUGUGGGACAUGAGGAUUGGGUCAGUUGUGUGCAAAUAAGCUUCCAUCUGCUCUAUAUGGCUCUGGCUCCUGAAAAUUUUCUUUUAAGCUGAAGUGUGCCAGAGCCACCCAAUAGCUCUGAUGCAUAAGACCUUUUUUGGGGGGAGGGAUCACACCCGACAAUGCACAGGGGUUACUCAUGACUUUGCACUCAGGAAUUACUCCUAGCGGUGCUCAGGGGACCAUAUAGGAUGCUGGAAAUCGAACCUGGGUCGGCCACAUGCAAGGCAAACGCCCUACCUGUUGUGCUAUCGCUUCAGCCCCUGAGCAUAAGACUUUAAACAGUGGGUACCAGGACUGCUUCCAUGAUUAUCCUGGAAUUGCUGGGCAUCUGCUCUGAUUAAAUUGAGGCUCAGAAUAUGCAUAUUUCCCAAGCCUGUGUCAAUUAAUCCUAAUUAAUUAAUUAAUUAAUCCGGAUUCCUAAUACCUAAAUAAGUGAUUGGAAAGACUGUUGGGGAAAGUGCAAUUUUCACAGUAAAUGUUGUAGCAAAUGUCAGUUUGUUUUCUUCAAGCCACCCCAAGAUGGCUUUAACUGGCAUAAAAAAAUUCAAACUUGACAAAACCUUAUGUUGUUACUAGAAUACAAUUUAUUGACUUGUAGUUUUGUCAUUACAACCCAUUCAGGGUCAUGGGAUAGGGUGGCAGCAGACAGCAUUUAAAACUAAGAGCUGGGCCCGGGGCAAUAGUACAGUGAGCAGCGCAGUUUGCCUUACUCGCAGUUGAUUGGGGUUCGAUCCCCCGAGCACCACCAGGAGUACCCCUGGACAUUGCUAGUUGUGACCCCAAAACCAGACAUGCCAAAGAGAGCUGUACUUUUCCUGUCAAUACGGGAUGUGGGCCAGGAAAGAGGAUUGAGCCUCUUUCUUUGUUAAGUGUUUGUUAAGCAGCUUACCAUGGUGGGGCUCUUGCAGGACAAGCCCCCCAGCCCCCUUACCCAUGGUCUCUUCUCUUCUAAUACUCCAAUCCAGAGGAAACAGUAAGCGGGAGUCAAAUAUCUGUAGGCUUUGUGGAUCAGGUGGAGGGGUUCCUGUGGGGGAGUCCUGGAAAUCCCGCAUGGAGAAGACCUUUGCUUUAGGGGGCGGGGCCAAUGGGGGAAAACUGAUUCCCCUAAUCCGAAGCUGCUUUCUUUUUUGAUUGGAUUUGUUUUUGUACAGUAUUAUGAGUUCUAAACAUGUUUGUAAAAGAAUUGCUCAAGACUUGUAUAAAGUGUUUACAGAUCUUUUCAUGAAUAAAGAUUUUAAAACUGUU